AUGGCCUCAGCCAAAUCAUCAAGCGCCCCGCGCUCCGGCUCUUCAGGCCUAACAAAAUCCUACCUCUUCACCUACAACACCCUCAACCUCCUCGCCUGGGGCACCUGUGUCGUCUACACGGCCUCUCUCCUCCCAGCCCAUGUAUCGAACCAAACUCUCCCGAAGGUCUUCGGUCAGACCUUCUCCCCGCUACUGCUGGCCACGCAGUCCCUCGCCCUGUUAGAAGUUGUGCACAGCAUUGUGGGCCUCGUGCGCGCGCCGUUCAUGACGACUGCCAUGCAGGUUUCUAGCCGGCUGCUGCUGGUGUGGGGGAUCAUGGCGCAGUUUGGUGGGGAGAUUGUUGGUGCUGGGCAGGAUACCCAGCUGGGUGAUUAUGCGUAUCUGGGAUACAACACUUUCUACGUUUUCUACCCCGUUGGUAUCUCUAGCGAGUGUGCACUCAUCUUCCAGGCCCUUGGUCCUGCUGGCGAGCUGAGCCCGCUUUUCCGUUACCUUUUGAUUGCGAUUCUCGUGAUCUAUGUACCUGGUUCUUAUAUCCUGUACACCCACAUGAUUGCCCAAAGACGCAAGAUCAUGCGCGGCAAGAAGAGAGCUGAUUAG